AUGGCAGGAACUAUCGACUAUGCGCGUCUGCGCGAACAGACCAUGGGCUCUGGCCUGGAUGAAGAGGCAGUCACAGUAAACACUCGAGCCUUGAUCGACAAGGUGUUAGCCAGAUACUCCGGAGAAUGGACUACCCUGCGUGAGCUCAUUCAAAACGCUGCCGAUGCGCAGGCUACGAAGGUCACAAUCAAGUUUGAGACUCUACCAUCACCGAGUGUCCCUGUACCGCCGGCUAGCGACCCCUCCGCCCAACUCAAGCAUGUCUUGACCAACCACACCCUCCAACGAUUGCUCGUAUCCAACAAUGGCCAGUCGUUUGCUGAGACGGACUGGCAACGCCUAAAGAGAAUCGCAGAAGGAAACCCGGACGAGACAAAGAUUGGUGCCUUUGGUGUUGGUUUCUACAGUGUCUUUGCCGACUGCGAAAAUCCCUUCGUCAGUUCGGGCGACCAGACCAUGGCAUUCUACUGGAAAGGCAACAGCUUGUUCACCAGAAGGGGCAAGUUACCGAAGGAACAGGCUACUGGCGAGACUGCCUUUGUCCUUGACUACCGCAACACAACUUCUCCUGUGCCCAACCUAAUAUCCAUCUGCCAGUUCCUCGCCACCAGUUUGACCUUUGUUGGCCUACAAUCCAUCGAGUUGUGGGUUGACCAAUGGAACAUGAUCACACUUAACAAGAAGAUGGCUCCGUCGGCCGAUGUUAGUAUCCCACACGACGUCAAUCCCAAGACAAAAGAAGGACUCAUGAAGAUUGUUGGCGUGGAAUAUCAAAAUGCGCAGAUCGACGCAAAAUGGUGUAAUGUUAUAGGCUGGACACGCGUAGCCGGUGCUCAGCAACAACUGCAGCCAUCCUCAUCAGAACCACCGACUCAGUCUUUGCGGGGCUUCUUCAGUCGCUUUGCAUCAGCUGCGACUGGCCCUAGUGCGGCUGCCAAACGUGCCGCAAAGGAAGAGGAAGCUGUUCAAAAAGCGAUUUCUGAAGAUCUCGCUGGUAUGAGCACUGCUUCGGUGUUCUUGCGAAUCAGCACCGUCAAUGUGCAAACCUACGUUAACAAAAGCUUGGCCGCCGAACUUGAGCGUGCUACCAAGAAGCCACCACCAAAGCAUACAAGAAUCGCCAUCUUGACGUCUUCAUAUGAUGAGAGCUCCGUGUCCAUGGCAACUCUUUCUGGCUCAUCUUCUGGCAAGGCCGCUGAAAUCUUCGCAUCUGUACUUCCUAGCAAGAAUGGUCGUGUUUUCAUCGGGUUCCCUACUGCUCAGACGACUGGUCUACUUGCCCACAUUUCUGCUCCUUCCGUUAUUCCUACCGUCGAACGUGAGAGCAUCGAUUUGAACGCAAGAUGGGUACGCACUUGGAACGUGGAAAUGCUACGAGUUGCCGGCAUAGCAUGUCGCGUUGCCUAUACAGGAGACAUGGCUGAGCUCAAGAAUAAGCUCGAGCGUCAAAUGAAGACUUCAGGUAACAAGAAAGUUCAGAAGGAGGAUCUCGAAGCUGUCAUGGCUUCUGCUAUCCACACGUUCAAGCAAUACACCUUCUCAGAGUCCACACCAUCUUCGCAGGUUGGUGCCAUCAUCGAGGAAGCCUUCUGGACUUGUAAUCAGAAGGGAUCGAUCAACCUGCUCUCCACUCGUGGUGUUCUUCCCAGCUUCGAGGUUCGUGUUGCUACCGAAGACCUUAGCUUCGUGGAUGGCAUUCCUGUGGUCCCAAACGAAAUUAUGGAGAAAGCCUCGGUCUUUAUGCGUAACCUCAAGGAAUAUGGGCUGCUAUCUGACAUCACUACUCAUGAUAUCAAGAAAGAGCUAGAAGCCCGAGCUCUCGAAGAGAAGCAGUUGACUGAGCUGAUUAAAUGGGCAGCCACCAAACUAAGCCGGGAUGAAUUAGACGUGUCUGCUCUUCGCUCGCUCUUCGACGGAACCGUUGCUACGAUCGCUGAGGAAUACGCUAGCACAUAUCCUGGUCCGGUCUUGCUUCUGGGCAGCAUUGAUUCGUUCCCUAACCCGAGCAAGAUCCCCUCUGAGCUACCCGCUCCAUCUACCACAAUCCCGUUCCGCUUCGUCAAGAAUAUUCCCAAGAAUCAACUUGAAACGUUCGGCUGGAAUGAACUACAGAUCGUACCUUGGCUCCGAUACAUCAUCGAGAAGGAUGGCGUCGGCCUCUCUGCCGAGCAAAGUAUCACAAAGUCGCCCUCGUUCUCUGGGCAGGUUCUCUCUGUGAUCUCUAAAUCCUGGGACGGUCUCAGUCAGUCCUCGAAGGGCACUGUUGUACAACUCCUUGAGCCAAGAACAGUCAUACCUACCAAACUUGGUAUGCGUAAACCAUCUCAGUCUUACUUCGCAUCUGUGAGACUCUUCGACGACUUGCCUACAGUCUAUGGUCUCCAGGGCGUGAAGGAGAAGUUCCUUCUGCCUCUAGGUGUCCGUAAAACCGUUGAGCUGUCUGUGGUCUUUGACAGACUCAUGGCGAAGUCCUCUGGUGCUGCCGAGGGCAAAUGGAGCCAUGUUGAUUUGAUCAAGUAUCUUGUCAGUGUUCAAAAUGAUAUCCCAACUGAAGACUAUGAGAAGCUGCGUAAGACGCCGAUUUGUCCUGCAGAGGUUCAAGGAGAUUCGAAGGCUACUGAGGGCAAGCUUUACAAAGUCUCAGAUCUCUACGAGCCAAUGCCGGUCUUGAGAGAGCUCGGCCUGCCACUUUUACAAUGGCCUGGAGAGUUCAGGAAGACCAAUCCAGAGUCCAAAUUCUUGAGUGUUCUCGGACUCAAAGCUUAUCCUGGUGUUCAAGAUUUGAUUCCAAUCAUGACAAAGGCAGCCGCUGAAGGUGACUCAAGGUUGUACGAGAAGACUCUCCAGUACUACAUCACCAACCACUACACCAAUGGAUAUCGAACCUUCCCCGUCGAACGAGUCACGGUGCCGUUCCUGCCUCUCCAGGGUGGAGAUUUGAAACAGCUGGCAACACCAACACAGUGCUUUGCUAACAAGCGAUCUGCCAUUCUUGGCUUCCCUAUCAUCCGAGACGAUCUGCAAAAGCAUGCCGCUUUGUUCAAUGUAGAGCAAAAUCCUCCCAUUGUCAUCUGUGCUGAAAACCUUAUAAAGAGUCCUCCAAAGAGCCGUGCGGACGCUAAGAACAUCUUCGGUUACUUUGCAGGCCGGCUCAACGAGAUCGGUCCCUCUGGCAAUCUUGCUGAAAGGCUGGGGGAAUCACGCAUCAUUCCAAUUGUCAAGUCUGGUUCCGGCAAUGAGAAGAGCGAGAGUCUUCGCUACACAGCUCCUAGAGCUUGCUUCUUGGGCGACAGUGCUGCCUACGGCGAGAUCUUCGACUUUGUUGAUUUUGGCUCUGAGGCCAAUUCUUUCUUAUUGAAGAUUGGCUCCAAGCAUGAACCGAGUGCGCCAGAACUUGCAGGUAUGCUCGUUCGCGAACCCUCACGCUUGUUGAGCACUCUUGGCCAGGAAAAGUAUCUCAGCCUUUUGCGUCGUAUAGCAGACAACACAAGCGGUCUGAAGAACGACAAAAUGCUUUGGGCUGCGCUAAAGCGCUCUCCCUGUUUGCUUGCCGUCAAAGAAAUCGCGCCUACCACUAGCAAAGUGACGGAGGACGAACAAGACUACUUUGAAGAGAAUGAAGCGGCCAUCAAGGAAUGGCAUCUUGCCGUGCCCUCGAGUAUAAUCCUUGUCGACGAUUUUUACAGCUACCGCCUUUUCAAGGAGAGAUUGCUUGCUGGUCCUCAAGAGGAAAUUCUCGAGAAUCUGUAUGCUGGUCUGGGAGCCACCUGGAUUAGUAGUUUGAUUGAAGACGACCAGCGUAUGGGUGGUCUCCUGCCUGAUCAAUCUGGUGCAGCUAAACUCCAGGGUCUCAUUGUUGAGCGUUGUCGUUUGUUCUUGCACGACCACACUGCAGAGAUGAUCCGCCACGACUCGAAGUGGCUCGAAGGAGUCCUGGCGGUCAAGGUUGUCAGCUCGUUGACUCUGACCAAGACAUUGCGUGGGUACAACGCGACGUACAAAGAGAAGAGAACAGCUGCCCUGCACAGAGACACGAAGAAGGAUGCGACGCUGUUUGUGACUGCUCGUCCUGACUUCUACGAGGUUGCACGUGCGAUCAUGUCUCUCUUGCUCAAGAGACCAAAACAACAGGACUUCCUUGCUCUGGAGAUGAUCUUGGACAGUGAUCUGCGUCGCUUGAAGACCAAGGGCUAUAACGUAGACCGCAUCCUACGCCAGAAAGCCGCAGAGAAUCGAAUGGCUGAAAACAAACGACAACAGCAGAUCGAAGAGGAACAGCAAAGAGUUGCAGAGCGCGAAGCUGAGUGGAAUGCACAGCAACAGACACGAGCCAUCGACGCACCUGGAGCCCCAAAAGCCACUCCUGAGAAACCCAAGCCGAUCCCUGGUGCAUUCGACGCUUCGCCUGAGACCACAGUUGCACAGCGUCCCAAGAGAGGGACUGGGUUCUUCUCUAACCUCCAGAGACAGCUUGGGUUUGAGACGGGCCCAGCAGAGCAAGAAGCUCAACAGCAGCAGCAACGUCAAAAGCAGUUGCAAGACACAUCUCAGCCAGAAGCAGGACCUUCCGAUGCCCCGCCACCAUACUCGGAGAACCCUGGGCAAGUUGUGAAGAAGUCUACUGUCAGCCAACAACCCGAAAAGAUCACACCACCUCAUCAGAUUACGCAGAAUCUGAUCUCGGCAGUAAACUCUUCGCGUGCGCACGAUUCGGCCGGGCUCUUCUCUCCUCCUACAGAGAACACAGUCAAGGAAACACCAUCUUACUGUGAUUCGACCCCUGGACAGAACCUAACGUUCAUUGGCAACACUUCUGCAGGUGUCAAGAUCUUCCUCGACAAUGCUGUUCCCGCAUCAUCCAGGGCGACUUUCUUGCAAGCCCAUGCCACACAACUGAAUGCCUUUGCCGCCCUCCUACUCGACGUCGGCAACGUCUUCCUCCUUCGCCCACAAUCUCUGCACAUCUACUACAACGAGUCCGGCAGCAGCAUCGCCUUCAACCGCCAAGGCUCCAUCUUCUGUAACCUCCGCUAUUUCCUGCAGCUGCACUGGCAGAACUAUGGCACUGCUGGAGGCGUGGGCAAGCAAGCGGCAGCAGUGUAUUGGUUUGUGACUUUGUGUCACGAGUUGGCGCACAACCUGGUUUCGGAGCAUAGUCAACAGCACGAGUUUUAUACCGAGAGCUUUGUGACUGAAUACUUUGGCAAGAUGAUGAGUAAGUGUGGACAGUAUGCUAGCGAAGUGCCACAAGCUGCUGUCCGAGGGUGA